CCGUCGGCUUAUUUGUGAACCAAGAUUAUCAAGAGUCAUUCGAUCUAACAAUUAGUGCGAAAAAAUAAGAAGACGCGAUGCACCUACUUUGGUUGUUGACCGGAGGCCUUCUGAUUAUCACAGUCCAGGCCAAUAUAUUUCCUUCUCAUCGAUCAAAGGCAGAUCAGGUGGCUGAAAGGGUAGAAGCUCAGAUUGAAGAUGUGCAGCAAAUGCAGAACAAGCUGGAAAUGGUUGCUACGCAGCAGGAAAAAUUGGAACAACAAUUGAGUGGCAACAAAAAUGCACAAGACAUUUUUGGAAAUGAUGGUGGAUGGUUUCAAUCAAUUUUGCAGCAAAUUUCGAUUUUGGAAAAGGCUUGCCAAAAGGAAAAGGACAAUCAUGUCCUGAAGUUGGAGCAGCAAGUAGCAAAUUUGACACAAGAAAAUACAAUUCUGAUAAAUCAGGCGAAAGAAAUUGAAUAUAACUACACAAUUUUAAAUUUUGUCCCAAUUUUGACUGAGCGCACCCAGCAAAAAAAUACAGAACAGCAAGGAUUCAUAGAUUAUCAUGAUGAUGAUGAUACUGAAAAGCUUUCUUGCCCUACUAGCGUUCGUAUUGUAGAGUUGGAGCAGAAAAUUGUGAAUUUAGAAGAUAGAGGGCAAAAACAAAUUGAAGAAAUCGACAAACUUUCCGAAGAGAUAACUAAUUUGACGAAGGAAAAUAAAGAGUUGAAAGAUAUGAACGACUAUCCGGACCAAAAGGCCUGCCAAGCAAACGAUCGUAUACUUGAGUUGGAGCAGCAAGUUGCAAAUUUGACUGACGAAAAAACUGAUUUGAGUAAUGAUAAUUUUGAAGAAGUUGCUAAGCUCAACCUACAGCUACAGGCUUGUCAAAAUAUCGAAGUCCAGAAAGUUGAGAAUGGUAAUGAGAAAGAAAUUAAUCAGCUCAAACAACAGACUGAGUUGCAGCAACAGCAGAUUUUAAAUUUGACGAAUGAAAAUACAAAACUGAGGAGACAGAUCAACACACCGGCGCCUGUGCAACAGUCUUCCAUUAAGAUUAUGGAAGAGUUGAAGGGACACUGGGACAACGAGACCGCCGUCGCUCUAAGGGUUAUUCAGCUGAAAAAAGAUAAAUGCACCCGUGCCCAUUCCGCAAACUUGACGACCGCGUCCAAUGGAAAAAAGUACUUUUUCUCGCAUCCAUUUGAGACUAACUGGUUCGACGCUAGGAAGAUAUGUAUCAAGAUGGGCCUCCAUUUGGCAACUUUGAACAAUACAAAGGAUUUGCAAGUGGUCUGGAACAUGGCAGAGGGACUUAGCGCCUGGGAUUACUGGGUGUCGGCGCGAAGCUACCAUAUCGACGGCAAAUUAGAAUACCACUGGGCCGACAGCUCCAAGUUGGGGGAAACUAGUGAUUUGUGGGCACCAAAGGCUAACCUCAAAGAGGGUGGCUGCGUCCAUAUCAGGAUUGGAUGGAGAAAAGACUUGCACGUCGAUACUUGCAACUACGAAGGAAAAUAUUUCAUCUGCGAAAUGCCCAGCGAGUGCUACUGACGCAAUUAUUAAUUUGGAAAUGUUUUGAAUUUCAUCACUAUGUACUAAUUUAAUUAUUUAGUUAGAUUAAAGUCAGACUCAUCUGACCGAAUAUUAUAAAAAAAAUGUCUAGAUUUAAUGGUUAAUUUUAAUACAAAUCCCAAAAAAAUUAAUGCAUUAUAAUUUUCUUUUAAAAUCUUAAUUUUCCUUGUCUUACAGCUUGAAAUGAUUUUGAAAUUAAAUAUUUUUUA